AUGUCGGGCAUUCCUGGUUCUGGCCAGAAGAGGCCGCGCUCUUUGCUAGAAGAACAGGGCGUUACUCAUCCCCGACCGAAGGUGUUGCUCAUAGAACUUAGCACGAUCAUUGAAGGCAAGGCCGCCUUGGUCGACUGCCUUCGGAUGGCUCUCACCAGCGUGCUCAUCCAGGAAGAGAUUCCCUUGUUCACCGGCGAAGAACUGUACCGAGAAUGCUACCUGUCGCCGCUCGUUUUCGACAUGAUGAAGGACAUGGGAAUACGCGAGCUUUCCGACGACGAGGAGCUUACAUUUGCCAAGAAGUACUUCGAGAGCUGGCAGAACGCAGGGUUGCCCCUCAUGACUCUUUGUAACGGCGCUAGAGAGUUUCUGGAGGCUGCAAAGGCCCAGGAGUCGAUCAAGGUUGCGAUCCUUAGCAACAAUGUGCCUGUGGCCAAGUCUGUGUUGGAAAUGCUAGGCGUUGAACACUUGGUCGACAACCUCAUCGAAACCCAUUCGUAUGAGGCUCACAGAACCACGGACGGAGAGUCCAAGGAACCUGCUUUCUACUUCUGGUCUCAUUGGUACCACGUGGUGGUCAAGUGGUUCGACCGCAUCACUGGCGGCCACAAUCUAAUUCUGACCGACAAUAUUGCGAUGGAUGCGCCCAGUAGCCAGAAGGACGAGCACAUGAAAGAUGACUCCAGCACCGUCGUGACCACUGUUAUUGCGCACGCCAACCCUAUUAGUUCACAAAAGAGGGCUUCUUCCCUCCACCCCAGCGAAGUCCUUCUUGUCUCUCGAGCCAUUUACGACUUCAAGAUUGUGGCGCACAGCGGCAUGCAGACUUGCUGGUUACACGACAUUGACGAGGCAGCCGAUCCCGAGACAAAUGCGGUGGCCGUCAACGACAGUGCCGAUACUAGCAAGGCUAGCGGCGGCAAAACGCCCCUUACUGUCCAGCAUCUUAUUGCUGAGACCAAUUGGUCUGAGCAGGAAAAGAAGGAGAAUAGGUUACGCCGAGCACAGCAGUACCGUGCCGCGGUCGAGAAGAUCAAGUCGGAGGUUGAUUUCACCUUCUCCGAGUUGGAUGAGUUGACAGCGUUUGUCUUUGGCGCCGACGAUCGGUCCGCUACUGCUAGCCUGCGUGAUGACAAUGAGGGUGAGAUUGGGGUUGCGCCGGUUGGGGUUGCGCAGGAUCAGCAGGUGGUGGUCAAGUCCGAGGAGGAUGAUGGCAGUGUGAUGGGCCUGAGUCCGAUCAAAGACGACCAGGUCGUGGUUAUUGAGGACAAUGACAGUGACGACAGCGACGAUGAGGUGCUCUUCAUCGGGGAGACUAAGGUCGUGACCGUCGUGCCAUAA